GGCGCUGAUUUUUUUUCGCCCCCGCAGAAAAUCGUCUCUAUGGUGUGAAAUAUGACUUGAAACCUACUUCUUCGAACAUAGCUAAAUACUUUUGUUUCUUAACUGUCCUAAAUCGAGGCCAUGAGUGGUGAGAUGCCAUCUCCUCCCGGUGAGGAAGAGGAGAAGGGACAGGAGGAGAGGCCCAACUCAGCCCUGUCCUCCCGCACCGGUUCUUUGGAUGAAGGGCCAGCGGUGGUGUCCAGAAGCCGCGCCUUCCAGUGUCUCGACGAGCUAUUCUCAGCUGGGAAAAUCUCGGGGGCCAAAGUGGCUGAGCUGAAAGGCAGUUUUCACCUGCUGCAGGAGGCCUUGAGAAGCGCGCGUGACUCGGAGGCUCGGCUGCAGAAGGAGGCCGAACGCUCGGGGUCCGAGCCGCGGCGGCGGCGGCGCGAGCCGGAGCGGGCCGAGGUCUUCCCGGAGGAGCCCCCCGCGGAGGUCGGCCGCAUGAGACAGCAGCUGCUGAAGUCCCUCAAUGAGCUGCAGGAGGCACAGGAGCGUGAAAACCAGCUGCAGUGCCAGCUGGAGUGUUUGCAGACAGAAAAGAGUGUGCUUAACAUGGAAGUGGAGGCACAACGCAAAGCAGCUGAGCGAGAGCGGAAAGUCCAGGUACUGAAGGAUAGUUGCGAGGAACUGGAGGAGGAGAUUGCUCAGAGGAGACUGGAGAUCAGGAGCUUGAAGGAGGACUUGGAGGAGCAUCAGAGGCACGUGCAGCAGGAGCGGCGUGAGCUGGACAACAAAAAGGAGGAGACCGAGUUAAAAGAGGCUGAACUGGCCCAGCUCCUCUGUGUGCCUGCCCAGCUGAGGAAGGAGAUGGAGAGGAUCGGCCGCAAGAAAGCGGUCACGGAGAAGAGAAGGGCAGAGCUGGAAGGUCAGCGCUCCGAGGCGGGGACGCUGCUGAGCAGGAUGGAGACGCAGGUGAGGGCACUGGAAGAGCAAAGGGGGGAGAUGGUGCAGGAGCUGGAAGGGCUCCGAACCCACCUGGAGGCGGAGGAACGCAAGCGUGACAUCCUACAGCGGGAGCAGGCCAUGGCCAGAGAGAAGGAGGCUGCCAUCAUGGCACAGAGAGCUGCGCUGGACGUCAACCUCAGUCACACAGCCUCAGAGAAGAAGAGCCUCCAGGAGACCCUGGGCAGGAGGCUGCGUGAGAAGGACAGGCUUCUACGUGGCCUCAAGAAGAUGGAGCUCCAGCUGAAAUUGGCCAGUGAGGCACAGCUGGACGUGGAGCUGCAGUACACCAAAGCCAAAACUCAGAGAGACGCCCUGCCCAGGGGAGACGUGGCACUAGAGCAAAGAAAGGAGCUGGAGAAAGAGGUUGCAAGUCUGAAGCGUAACUUGAUUCAGCAGCAAUCGGCGGCGGAGGGGGAGGCAGAAGCGGCGGAGCAGUCCUUGGUGCGGGAGCAGGCGCUGAUCCGGGAGUCCCACCAGCGAAGGCAAGAGCUCCACCACCUGACCUGCUUGACCCAGAUCAAGGCUGAUGAGAGGGAGCAGAAGUCCAGGGAGCUCAUAAAAGCCAAGCAACGAUUCAGCCGCAUCGAGCAAGAGCUGAGAGGCAAAAGACUGGUGAUACAGGAGCACAAGAAGCAGAACCAGGAAGUACAAGCCAGGCUGAGGGUGUUUGCCAAGCUGUACGACAUCCUGAAGGCCGAGAGGAACAAGUGCGUCAGCCUCAUCCAGAUGGCCUCUCAGAAGUCGGCAGAGAUGCAAGAGAAGUCCAAGAUCCUGGAGAACGAAAUUGAAAUCCUGCGAACCACUGUCAUCAACAAGGAGAAAUUACUUCAGAAGUCCCGUCUAAAGCACGUCCACAGUCGUGCACUCCGGGACAGCCUUAAGAACGACAUCUCCAAGAUGGCCUGGCUCCUGCAUGAGAUGCACGACAGACGGGAGGAGCAGAAACUGAGCAUCGGCACUCUGACGCACACCAUCAACAUGCAGGAGCAAAGUCUACUGCAGAUGCAGAAGCGCAACAACAGUGCUGUGCAAACCCGCAACGACCGUGGCAUCCAGCUGCUGGAGCGAGAAGAGGAGAUGUGCAUCUUCUACGAGAAAUUGAACGUGCAGGAGAGCCUGAUCAGAGAAGGAAGUAUGGAAGUCCAGGCCAUGGAGCAGGAGAUCCACUUCCUCAACUUGCUUGUCAGGGAAGAGAAGAGACAGAUUGAACUCCUGUGCAAACAGUUGCCCAACAAGAAGGCCCUGGAGGAAGAGAGCACCAAACUGCAGAAACAACUCUUGGAGUGCAGGGAACGUAUCCCGGUCUUGGCGAAAGCUCUGGAAGACCCAGCUCAGGAGAACCGUGCACACGAGCUGAACGGGCAGGAUCCAUCCCAUAACGAACUUAUCAAGAAGAUGGACCAGCUGGAGGCACGCCUGGUGCAGCAGGAGGUGCAACUGCUAGAGAAAGAGCUGGUGUAUGAACAAGUGACUCGUCUUUCUGAGCGCAUCCAAGCCAAGACCCAAAAUCGCAAGGAAGAGUCUGUGGAGCUGGCAAAGAAGAUGAAUGAGCUGCAGGGACGCAUCAAGGACACCACAAGAAAGAUGAUGGCAGUGGUGUCAGAGCUGUCCAUGCAUCAGGCCUGUGCUAUGACACUGCAGCGUGAGGUAAAGGACCAGGAGCUCCACCUGGACUGCUGCCGUCGCCGGCUGGAGGAGGGCCUGCCGCCUUCACCAGAAAUGGAGCUGGAAUGGCAGCGCAUCCUGAGGGAGGAGCGCCGUCGCAGGACCGACCUCCAGGAAAGAGCCAGGCGGAUAGAGGAGGAGGAAAAGAACAGGCUUCCCAAUGGGGCGUACACUACAGCCGAGCCUCGACCCAAUGCCUACAUUCCCCAGGGAGACAACCUGCCGCUCCCACGGCCCUACGGAGCUCUGGCCCCCUUCAAGCCCAGCGAGGCCGGUAGCAGUAUGAGACACAUCCGCAAACCUGAGCCCAAGCCUAUUGAGAUCUAGCACCGUCAAGCUAUUCGUCUUAAUCUAGUCCUGCCUAAUCAAAGGCAUACAACUAUCAUUGUUUGAAUGUUAAAGAAUAAAUAGCC